AUAAUAAUGAUCCCUGUUCGGUCUCGACCCCCAACCGAUAGACUCAACUCUCUUCUUGUAGCAUCGUAUUUCUUGCCGAGAUGUCCGGCGUCAAAGCAAAGCUCAAGGACAUCCAGAAACACCUCAAGGCGGAAGAGUUUGACGAAGUCAUCGAGCUCGGCAAACAGGUCCUGAAGGAAGAAAAGGGAGCUACUCAGAAUGUCUACCAUGCCUUGGUUUUCGCCGGAGUAGCAUAUUCCAAGCUUGAGCGUUAUGACGAAUCCGAAAAAGUCUACACCCGUGCUAUCGAGCUCUUCCCGGACUUGCCGCUCGCUCGACAAGGUCUCCAGAAACUGUAUACGGAUAGGGAAGAAUGGGAGAAGUUGGUACAGAUGCUCCAAGGAAUGACAGUUACGGCUGUGGACAGUCAGAGUGCUGGAGAUGUCGCCAAGUACCUGCAAAAGCUGCUCGAAGUCCGGGAGAAGCAAGAACUUCCAAAAGAGACCCAUCGACUAUUAGACCUUCUCCUGCCCUCAUCCCCUUUAUACAACCUCUUGAACCAGCUCGACCCACCCGACACGUCUUCCGCUACAGCGGACUCCGGAGUAUCCUCCUACACUCCCUGGCAGGUCCCUUCUUUCCCACCCCCUCCGACGAUCCACGACCUCCCCCUCUCGCAACCGCUCCCUUCUUCCUCCUUGACCUUCUCUGCUCCGCCUAAACCUCCUUCGCCAAUGCCGGCUAUCAACCAGAUGAUACACCAUUCUGAUACCAGCUUGGCUUUGCUAUUGACUUUGACGCUGGAGCAAGAACAUGGGGAAAGGGAGAGGGAGGAGAAGGAAGUCGGGAUCAGGAGGAAGAGGUUGGGAGCGGGGAGCGAGAGUCAGGUUCGACGAGCGGUCGCUAGGGACUUUUUAUGCGAGUCGAGGAUGCCGGAAUACUAUGAGGAGAUCUUGUCACAUCCUGCGACUCCAGACGAUGUUCGAAGAUCGGCGGAGAGUCGGUUGCUUCGGCAUUGGUACCGGUUGAUGACAUGUCUAUCAAGAAACGCUCCAGAAGCAAAGAUCGCUGAUGAAGGGGAAUCGAGACAAUUUCCUCAGAACCUCUUCGAUCCGCCAGUCAGAGAUACCACGCCGCCGAGCAAAGAGUCCAUCCGAAGCAAGAUCGAGGAAUUGAUUCAGGGGAUGAUCCUGCUCAAGGUCGAAGACGAGAGCGCAUGGGCGACAACGCUAGAGUGGAUGGAUGUGACAUCAUUAGAUGGGUACACUCUCGGUUUCUUGCACGAAUACUCGUUACUCUUCCCUUCUUCACCUUAUACCACUCUGAUCACCGGAUACCUCCGAUACUUUGACCUGCCCGGACCGAACGACGAAGUAACAGAGAAGAUCCGGGCCAAGAAGAGGGAACGUCGCAAGGCGAAGAAAGAUAGCGGAAAGAAGGGGAAAAAGGAUGCCGCAUCUGAGGUAGAGAGCAAAGAGGACGAGGUCUCCGCUGAGGAUGCCUUGAAGACGGAGGAAAAUAAGCGAAAGGAACCGUAUACCGUUUUGAUCAACGGGAUCGAAAGCCUGCCCAAGUCUCUGUUUGGUCACAAGAUCUUGUCGGAGGCGUAUCUUCGAGAGGCGGACUAUGCCAAUGUUAUCGCUACUGCCGAAAAGGGAAAGAGCUUGAUCAAGGCACUGGAUAUCGAGACGGGUCUCAAAUUCCAUGGCUCGACGACCUUCUUGGACAUACUAUUGGGAACCGCUUUAGUACAUUACUAUGCUCCGAAACACCAUCCACGAGCGCUCAAGCUGCUCAACGGAGUAUUAGACCAAUACCCAGAUUCAGUACCCUGUUACAUCGGACGGGGCUAUGUGUUCGCAGGAGAGCAGCGUUGGGCAGAUGCGACGGUCGAAUUCGAAAAGGUCAUCGAGCUGGAAGAAAAGAAGAGGGGGCCUGGUUCGCUCGCAGAAGAGGGCAGACCUGCCGGUUCUGUCUGGUCGCCGCUUGAGACAGAGGCCGAAGAGCAGCAAGGAUGGUGUUUGGUCAAGCAAGGUCGACUGGAAGAAGGCAAAGCUAUCCUCGAUGGAGUGUCUGAGAUGUUCGAUGCCGAUACUACUCGAGGCGAAGACUCAGCUCGGGUCUGGUGGCGAAAGGGUAUUGCCGAUUGGGAAAUGGGCGGUGACCAUCGCAAUAAUGCCUAUGAGGCAUUCGUGACAUCAUUACGACACUUUGACAGCUUCGCCUCGUCUUUUACGGCGAUGGGAGUCUGGUAUCUAGAUCACGCAGAUCCUCCUGAUGAAGAUCGAGCUUCGAAGUGCUUCCAAAAGGCGUUCGAACUCGAUGCCACCCAGGGAGACGCUGCAAGGAGGCUGGCGGAAGGUUACGCUAAGGAAGCAGAAUGGGCCCUGGUCAACGUGAUCUCUAAGCGAGUUAUGGAGGGCGAAGGUGGGCUAGAGGGAGGGCUGUCUGGCGGAUCAUCAGGAACCGCUGGCAAGUUUUUGCCCACUAACGCUUGGGCUUGGAAGGCUUCCGGAGCGGUACAGAUGGAGUACAAGAAGUACGAUCUUGCUGCGCAAGCUUUCCAAGUUGCUCUCCGCUCGGGACCAGAGGACCCGAUUCUGUGGGCCCGUCUGGGAGAAGCGUAUGCCAAGGGCGGCAAGCAGGUUGCCAGUCUCAAGGCCCUGUAUCAAGCCCUCGAAAUCGCACCGGACAUGUGGAUGUGCUACUACCAUAUCGGAAACGUGCAGCAGCAAUUGGGGGCAUACGGUCAGGCGAUUUCGUCAUACGAGCGUAUUCUUCAGCACCGACCGCAAGAAGCUGGAGUCGUCCUCGCUUGUAGCGAAGCGUGGCUCGCUUUGGGCAAAUCGGAGAGCACGAUGGGCUUGAGGGAACGGGCAUACCAUUCUUCGCUUCACUCGCUUGAGCGGGUUGCUACUAUCAUCCCUUCGACCGAUCUCUAUCGUCGAACGUCUUGGAAGAUCUUUGCGGACGCUUGUUUGAACGUUGUGUCAUGCGUCAGCGACGAGGAUGACUUGUCCGAGGCCUUGGCUACCAUCCGACCGGUCCUAGACCAUCUUCAAGAGGUAGAUACCGGAAAGACCGCCACCGUACCCGACGUCGUAGACGUUGGAACCUUAAUGGAGUCGCAGACGUUCGGCCGACGGGACAUGCUGAAAGCCGCCAUUGCGGCAUUCGCCUAUCGCGCCGAUCUGCUCAAAUACGACACGAAGAUUGCCGAACUACCGUUAUACGAUCUUGCCUGCGCUCUGCAUCUGUUCUCAACCGAACUGAUCGCGAUCGAUCCGAAACACAGUCAGAUCGCGGCUUGUCAAAAGGCUGCCAUCAUAGCGAUCAGGAACGCUCUUGAUGUCGACGCUUCAAGCCCAACCCUCUGGAACGCCUUUGGGGUAAUCGCUGCAUCUGCCAGUGCGCAACUCGCACAACAUGCCUACGUCAUUUCGCUGCAAUUGGAACCCAAGAAUGCGCAAGUCUGGUGCAACUACGGUUAUCUCUGCCUCACCCAGAACGAUCACGAUCUAGCCAAUCGUGCAUUCAGCAAAGCCCAGGUCAUCGAACCUGAGAACGCCUGGGCAUGGCUCGGACAAGCGCUAGUGGCGUAUCGUGACAAUGAUACCAAGGAGGCGCUCUCCUUGUUCGAACAAGCUAGCACCCUGUCGGCAGGCAACUUGCUACCUAGCGGACUUGGCUAUGCGGCUCUGCUCUUCGCCCCUUCUGUCACAACCGCGACGACCUUGGACAAUGCAGUAUUACACGAACCGUCCUUUGCGCUUUCGCGUUACUGCGAAGACAGGCCGUAUGACACGUCCGCGUUGUUGCUGCACGCUUUGAUUUUGGAACGCCUCGGACUGGUAGAAACGGCUAUCGGGCGGGUCAGCCAAGCAGUCAAGGUUUUGGAGUCUCGGUAUGAAACCGACGAGUCCUCCGAGGUGGAGCGACAAUACGUCGUAGCGCUUGUCAAUCUCGGUCGACUUCAGUUGGCCAACGGCGAAAACGAGGCCGCCGCCGCAACUCUAGGCGACUGCAUGGGCUUAUGCUCUGAUCGCACGGACGAUGAAGGAUUGGCGAUCCUGGUUCAAUGUCAUCUUGCGACCGCCUUGUCCCAAUCCAACCGGGAACAAGCUGACGAAGCGCUAGAGUCGUUCCAAAAGAGUCUUGAAGUGGCCGAAAAGCUGUCGGUCGUCUCGAAGCGAGAGGUGUGCAAGGAAAAGAUCUCGGUGCUAUUAGCUAGGACCUUGUGGCACUUUGGUGUGGACGAGGCGAAAGAAGCAGCGAAGACCAAUCUGCUCGAAGCUUUCUCGUCAGAAAACCAUACGAUCGAAGCCAUGACGGCCCUAGCAUCGCUUGGGGUCUUGACCAAGGACGACGGGAUUGUGGAAGCUGUCCUUGCUGAAAUCGAUGAACGGGGCAUUGAUCAGCCCGAUCCGGAGGGCUCGUUGGCUUACCUGCGGUCGCUCGUCAAGCUUUCCAAGAAUGAUAUCGUGGGAGCAAAGAGAAUUCUGUCCUCAGCGGUACAUAGGGAUGCGACCGACGUCAAGACAAAGCUACGACUAGGAAACUUCGGUCUCAGCUUCGGAGACUCAUCAACCGCGAUCGGCCUAACAAGAGGUCUGCUCGAAUUGAAACAAGACCUAUCGGUCGAAGAUACCGCGGCGACUCUUCGUUUGGAAUCGCUGGCCAGGCAGAUGAAGGGAGAUGAGCAAGCGUUGCGCAUAGCACAGAAGGCGAUCAAAUUAGAGCCUUGGAACCGCGAGAAUUGGCUUGCUGCUAGGACUUGUGCGCCUGCAGUACAGGAAACGACAGACGAGACCUCGGAAUAGCCUGCUCGAGGUGUGAGACAUGUAUCUAGUAGACGACUUGCAAAGCUAUAAUACAAAAUUCGUGAUG